GUUCUAGACGACUAGGCUUCCUCAUUUCCAUUCUUUCGUUCUAUCGAGCUUGGAUUUGGAGCUAGCUAUGGCGCCUCUCAAAGCGGUGGCUGUUCUUGCCGGGACUGGCGUAUCUGGAGUCGUGAGCUUCGUCGAGGACGGCGAAGGUACUACGGUGUCUGGAAAGAUCACGGGCUUGGUUGCGGGCGAGCACGGCUUCCACGUCCACGCAUUGGGCGAUACCACGAACGGAUGUUUGUCCACAGGCGCUCAUUUCAACCCAAAUAAUCUGGAGCAUGGGGAUCCAAGCGAUAAAAUCCGGCACGCUGGCGAUCUAGGGAAUGUGACCGCAGGCCCCGAUGGAGUUGCGGAGUUCGUCAUCAAGGACAAGCAGAUUCCUCUAGCUGGGGCAAACUCGAUUGUGGGCCGAGCCGUCGUCGUUCAUGCGGAUCGUGAUGAUCUUGGCAAAGGUGGACACGAGCUGAGCAAGUCGACGGGAAACGCUGGUGGACGUCUUGCUUGCGGAGUGAUCGGACUCCAGGCAUCUGCCUGAACGCGAGCGACUUCCCGAUCAAUACUUCUACUCAUAUAUAAAGAGUUUUUCUGACGAAAGAAUAAGUGAUUAUAUCUUUCCUUUACAGUUCGAAUGUGGUGAUUGCCUGUACCUGGUCACGGGGGUAUUCCAGGAGCGCCGAAGACCUCUCCGGUUUUGUUCGUCACAGGAUUUAGAGUUGGUUUCCAUUCUAAGAAUGCUUUUCCAUGCUACAGUUGCUAAGCAUUUGCUAAGAAUGUAAGAACAAUCACAACAUGGAGUGUUGCUAGAGGCUUGGUUU